GAGGACCGUGGACGGAACAAAGAUGAAAUAUCGGGCGUCCGUUUGAGGUUAGACAAAGGGUGUCGCGGGUCGCUCUCGCACUCGUGCAUUUUCAAUCGCAAAGGGAAGAAAAGAGACUAAUUAAUCGUGCAUGCGACGUGACCACCAGCCGCCAUCAUGAGUAAGAUGUAUUCGACGGCGAACCUGUCCGACAAGGAACUGAAGGAACAGGGAAACCGUCUCUUCGAUCUACACAAAUACGAGGACGCGGCCAGUUGCUACACGAAGGCGAUCAUGAAGAAUCCAGGCCAAGCGUUAUAUUACACAAAUCGGGCACUAUGUCAUUUAAAGUUGAACCGAUGGGAAUCCGUGUGCAAGGACUGCAGAUGGGCCUUAGAUAUAGAUCCCUGUUUGAUGAAGGGUCACUUUUUCUUGGGACUCGCCCUACUGGAAUUGGAGCUCUUCGACGAAGCUGUCAAGUAUCUGCAAAGAGCUGUAGACCUGGCGAAGGAGCAGAAGCUGAAUUACGGCGACGACAUUACUAGCGUAUUGCGCCUAGCCAAGAAACGGCGAUUCCAAAUAAGGGAGGAACAAAGAAUUUGCCAGGAUAUCGAACUGCAGACUUAUCUGAAUCAGCUGAUCGUAGACGACGCGAAACGUAAUUUGGCGACUCUGCAAGAACAGGAGACGGCAAAGGAUUCGGAUGUUGAAACGAGCUCGGCCGAAUUUGCCAGGAGAAAAGAGGAGAUCGAGGAGAAGAGAGAUACCUGUAUAUCAAGACUCAAUGAUCUCUUCGCUAAGAUCGACGACAGAAGGCGGAAAAGAGAGGUACCCGAUUACUUGUGCGGCAAGAUUAGCUUCGAAAUUCUGCAGGAGCCGGUGAUUACACCCAGCGGUAUCACGUACGAGCGAAAGGACAUCGAGGAGCAUCUCCAACGGGUCGGUCACUUCGAUCCAGUUACGCGCGUCCGUUUAACGCAGGACCAGCUUAUCCCGAACUUGGCGAUGAAAGAAGUGGUUGACACUUUUCUGCAGGAGAAUGAAUGGGCCUUGCAUUACUGAUGCCGAUAUGCAGCUUACUGCCAUAGGUUUAAGUUAAGGUGGUGGCGAUUUUCAGCGAUGGAAGAAGAUGUGAGCUUUUGAUGAAGAGAUUUAAAGGAAGAUACAACCAGAAAAAUCUCGUGAGUGUAAAAUAGUAGACUGUACAUGUAAAGGACUAAGUAAUCUUGUUACCGUGAAAUAUUUUUACACGCCAUAUGAGACGUGGAAGCUAUUGUUAUCGAACGUAAGUAUUAGUGAAUAGUUAACACUAAUAACGAUCGUUUAAACGCGAGUUAUAUAUAAUUCCAUAAGUGCUACGUAUAUUAUUAAUUAUAUAUAGAACUUAUUAACUUACCUUUCGUAUAUCAGCAAUUUUCUGGUUUGUAAAGAUGAAAUUUUCGUAAUAGUUGCGUUCAAUAAAAACAUGAAAUCGAAAUUUUAAAGAGUUGAACAAAAGCUCAAGAGUUUACUGAAAGUUCCAACACACACAGUGGCUCAAAGAAAAACAUAGGAUAAUAAGCGCUAUGUAGCAUCUGUAAUUCUUGUUUUACCAUAAAUAAUAAACUAUUUAUUUUGCCACCAAAA